UAUGAAUGUGACAUUGGUCUAGUGGGGAAUCUUGAAUGUUUACCACUUGUAUCUGGAUUUAUCGAUUCUGACUACCAGCAGCUAACACAGCGUUGAGUCACUUUAACACGGGUAUUCUAUUUAACUUUCAUAAUACAUUAUUUAAUGAUCCAGGAAGCUGCAUUAAUUGCCAUUUCAGAUCUCUACCUAGCUUCUUGGAUGAGGACGUGAGGAGUGACCAUCAUGGUUCAUCUCACAUCCUUACUGUUGAAGAAGUAUCAUGGAGGAUUUGUGGUCAUCAGACUGUCUCUGGGUGGAGCAACCAACCGGCCGUUUUACCGUAUUGUGGCCGCAUACAACAAGAGAGCUCGAGACAGCAAAUACAUAGAGCAGCUUGGAUCAUACGAUCCUCUGCCCAACAUUCACAAUGAGAAGUUGGUCGCUUUCAAUUAUGACCGGAUUAAGUACUGGAUUGGAUGUGGGGCCCAUCCAACCAAGCCUGUUGCCAAACUUUUAGGGCUGGCAGGGUUUUUCCCUCUCCACCCCAUGACGGUGACUGAGGCGGAACGACGGAGGAAGAACGCUGAGCUAGAGGCGGCCGUCGCCACGGCCACAGAGAACGCUGAGGAGGCCAAGGAGCGUGAGCUGGACCAGUAGGCCACCAGCUGCUCUCCACACUGGCCAGGGGUCAGCACAGAGACUGAGUGUCCUGAGGGACACUCAUUUAAGAAGAUGGUGUCCCACUCUUCCUACACGCUAAGGUGUAUAUGGAGAGUAAUUUGUCACCCAGCCACCAUGGACCUUGUUUUUUGUUCCCCAUCUUCAGUCCCGAUUGAGCCCUUUUUGAAGAGAUACCAGUAUACUAUAAGGAACUAAUAAAGAAUUGUUAAGAAAUGCAAACACAUCUACUGAGAGAUGUUAAAAUGCAAAGUCACAGGCUUUCCUAAAAACCCACACUUGACCGAUUGAAGUAUUGAAGUGCAGCUUUUAAAUGGAGAUGAAUUGUAACAGUCCGUUAAUCUCAAAGUUAGCUUUGUGUAUAUAAAUCACUGUUUAAAUAUUUUGUCCGAGAUCAGAUACGGUUUCCAGGACAAUAGGGUUACCCAUCGUACGCCUGCCAUGAUAAAAGCUCACUAAUCUGAUCAGGAAAUAUGUAAUGUCGUCAGAAAUGGGUGCACGAGGAAAUUCAGCAGAGAAGUGAAGGGAGGGAGAUAUGUACUGUAGGUGCAGUGAGAACAGAUUUCCCUCUUCCUUGUUUAUUGUCAGUGAUUAAAAAGUAACAGACCUUAAUCUAUACUGGGUUUUUUUUUGUAAAGGCGUUUCUAUAUUUAAACAUGGCGACAUCCGGAAAAUUACUCAUGAUACUGAAUGCAUCGGGACAAAACCGAUUAAAUAAAAAUGUUUUCAUCCA